CCCACCUUCCCAUUUUAGGACAGGAUGGCCUCCUGCACCACUCCCUUUCUCUUCCUUGGCCUCCUGUCUCUUAUUCCCAUCUUUCUCUCCUCUACCUCCAGCAUUGUAGCUGCCACCUCCUCCUCCUCUUCUGGCGGUGUCCGCCUCGGUCCUAUCCGAAAGCCUUCCUCCAAUGUCCCUGCCUUCCGGGAAGCCCCUGCAUUUCGCAAUGGGGAUUCCUGUGGAGCUGAGAGAAUCCAUGUUACCAUGACCUUGGACGCCAAUUAUCUCAGAGGCACAAUGGCUGCAGUUUUAUCCAUCCUCCAGCAUUCUGCUUGUCCUGAAAACAUUGAGUUUCACUUCCUCUGGGGACGUUUUGAGCCAGAGGUCUUUUCCAACAUCAUGUCCACCUUCCCUUAUCUUCAGUUCAGAAUCUAUCGCUUUGACUCCAAUCGUGUUCGUGCAAAGAUAUCAAAAUCGAUUCGUCAAGCCCUGGAUCAGCCUUUAAACUAUGCAAGAAUUUACCUUGCUGACAUACUCCCAUCAAAUCUUAAACGCAUUAUUUAUCUAGACUCUGAUCUCGUUGUCGUUGAUGAUAUUGCAAGAUUAUGGGAGGUAGAUUUAAAGGGCAAGGUUUUGGGAGCACCAGAAUAUUGUCAUGCAAAUUUUACCAAGUAUUUCACAGAAUUAUUCUGGUCCAAUCCUGUUUGGGCUAAGACAUUUCAAGGAAAAAGGCCAUGUUAUUUUAACACAGGAGUUAUGGUGGUGGAUAUAGAAAUGUGGAGGCAAGGUGUGUAUACACAGAAAGUUGAGUACUGGAUGGAAGUGCAAAAGCAUAAGAGGAUAUACCACUUGGGGUCAUUGCCACCAUUUUUAUUGGUUUUGGCUGGGAAUAUAAACGGAGUGGAUCAUAGAUGGAAUCAACAUGGGUUAGGGGGUGAUAACAUUGAAGGUAAGUGCAGGAAUUUGCAUCCUGGGCCUAUUAGUUUGCUUCACUGGAGUGGAAAAGGGAAGCCAUGGUUAAGACUCGACUCAAGAAAGCCAUGUUCUGUGGAUCACCUCUGGGCUCCAUAUGAUCUCUAUCGCUCAUCAAUGCAUUCUUUGGAAGGAUAAUGAGAUUGUUUGAGGAGAUGGGAGAAAUAGAAAACAAGGAGACAAACAAAAAUGGUCGAAAGGGCAGUUUAGGAGAUGGAAGAACAUGAUAAUAGGUAAAGAGAAAUCCCAAAAGAAUUCAUUUUAAAUUAUUUUAACAGUGUUCCUUUGGUUCUGAGACAAGUGUAUUACCAAAAAGGAUGGAAAUUAAGGAAAAUGAGAAAUACUCAUAGACUAAUUGAGAGAAAUUAUUUAUUUGAGAACCUUAUGGAGGUGAUUCAAGGGGGGGAAAGAAAUCUAAUCAACAAUCAUCAAGGAGAA